GCGCGGCACGCGGAAGGAAUUCCCCUAACCCUGAGGGCCGAAAAGGCGUUGGACUCGACCCCUACUCAUCUACCAGGGAACCCCGAUCCAUUGUCCUCUGGCCCCGCCCUCCAUUGGGCACGCCCUGUGCCCCAUCCCCCGCCACUUAUUGGCUGUAGAUCACGCCCCUCCUCGAUCUCCUCGUCCCCAUUGGCUCUUCUUCCACGUUAUCCUCUCCCGGAGUUUCUUAUUGGUACAGACCACACCCUCUCAUUUGUCAGACUCCGCCUUCAGCCGGGGCUCCUCCCACAGCCAUCUUUCAUUCAUUCUGUAUCUAGUGCGGGGUACUUGGGUCAUGAGGGUGAAUCAGACACGUCCCUGCGCUCAGGGAGUUCAGGGGAUAGUGGGGGGACACGGACCGAGGCUCCGACAGGGACAGCCUAGGGUGUUAAAGAAGCUGCCUAGGCCCUGGAAGCCUUUAAGACGCUGAGAAGGCUUCCCAGAGGAGGUGAGGCCUAAACUGAACCCUGAAGAAUGAUUAGGAGUUUGCUACAGGGAGACAUUGGGAGGGCAUUCUUGGCAGAAAGACCUGAGACAUGAAAGGAACACAGGCGAAUUCUGGUAAUUGCAAAGAGGUAGGUCAAGUGAAAGAUGGGGAGGUGAAGGGGGUUGGUAAAGUAGAGGCCCAGAGACCAGCGAGGAAUCCAUAAAAGUGUAUAGUUAGCUGAGGGGAGGGAAACUUGAGACCUGAAAUCUUUUCCAUCAGUUUGUCACUAGGCAGAGUGCAGGGAGGGGGAGGGAAUCAGAUCCAGAUGGGGAAGCAAAGUGCAGGGAAGGAAUGAUUCCAGUUCUGACAUGGAGAAGGGCUCUUGGUUUCAGAUGAGCAACUGCUUGGUUUAUUGAGCAACUGCUCUGGGUCAGGUACUGUUCUGUAGACACAGCUGUGAACACUGAAAAGGAGAAUACAGAUAACUAAUCAUAUAUACUGUACUUCAGAUGAUGAUAACUGCUUCAGAGAACAAUAAUAUGGGGAAGGGGAGGUAUGGUGGAGAGGGCAGAGGAGGUUUACUACUUUAUAAAGGGUGUGUUAGGGAAGCUUUUCUAAUCACAUUUGUACAGAAAUCUGAGGAAAGAAAGAGAAUGACGCCUUGUUACAGGAAGGGAAAGCAUUCCAGACAGGAGACAUGUUCAGUUUGAGAUGCCUCUUCUACAUUCAGAUAUAGAUAUUGAAUUGAGAACUGGCAACAUUAGUCUGAAGUUAAUGGAAGAAAUUGGGGCUGACAUAUCUAAAACCAUGACAGUGGAUGAGAUCACCCAGGGAAGGAGCGUAAAUGAAAAUGAGGACAGAGAUGGAGAAAUAACAGUGUGUGUUUAUGCUGAUGGGAAGAAUCCAGUAGAGAGGAAGACAUUGAUGAUGUGGGAGAGAGGAGAAAUGCUGGAAUUAUGUCCCUGAGCAGGCAGGAGAGUUUGGAGGCUGGAACCAUCAGUCAGUCUCUGGGGAGAGACUGGAAUGGACUGAGCCCUGGUACAGUCCAAUCAGGGAAGUCGACAGUGUGGGGAGUUGGAGGAACCCGGCUGGAUGUGACCCCAAGGACAGAAUGGUGCUGGACUCAGGGGCUCAGGUGUAUGAGCAGGCACCCCCCAGCCCGCCAGCCAGUCCUUCAUCCUUGGGCCAUAGGCUGAAGCCCUCAGACCGAGAUGGGACAGCACUCUACCCCUGGCCUCAGUCCCUGGCCUUGCCACUGGCUCUGUCAGUUCCCUCAGCCCUGCGGCCCCAACCUGAGCUGCAGCCCUUCUCUGAGCUGCACUUGGGCAUCCGUGGCCACAUGCGUCGCAGUGAGAGCACCUACACUGUAAACAGUACUGGCCGGCGGGGGGGCAGCACCCAGGGUCGGGCCCCACCUGGACGGGGACGGGACCCAGGUGGGGGCACCCUGCGCUCUGCAGCCUCCCUGCCUCACAUUGCUAAGACUCGAAAGGAUGCAGGCCGUGGUGGCAGCAAGAGCCCCUGCAUGUUGGUGGCUCUGCGGCCAACCAACAUGGACCGUGAGCGGGACAAGUUCUUCCAAUCCCAUUAUACCUACAACCCACAGUUCGAGUACCAGGAGCCCAUGCCUACAGCUGUGCUGGAGAAGUACUGUGAGGCCUCCGGACAGUUCAUCCAUCAGGCAGUUGGCAUCAUUGAGGCUGUCUUGGAGAAGUUUGGUACCUAUGAACACUUCGAGGCUGCAACUGGGGGGCAGCUGCUGACCAAGUGCCAGAUCUGGUCCAUUGUGCGCAAAUACAUGCAGAAGGAGGGCUGCGUUGGGGAGGUUGUGGUGCAGCUGAGUGAAGACCUGCUGUCCCAGGCAGUGAUGAUGGUGGAGAACAGCCGACCAACACUGGCCAUCAACCUGACUGGAGCCCGCCAGUAUUGGCUGGAGGGCAUGCUACGACACGAGAUAGGAACUCAUUACCUUCGGGGCGUGAACAACGCCCAGCAGCCUUGGCACAGCGCCGAGGGCCGGCUGCAGUACGGGCUGCGGCCCGCGAACCCCACCGAGGAGGGCCUGGCCAGCCUGCACAGCGUGCUCUUCCGCAAGCAGCCCUUCUUGUGGCGCGCCGCGCUGCUCUACUACACCAUCCACCGUGCCGCGCGCAUGUCCUUCCGCCAGCUCUUCCAGGACCUGGCGCGCUACGUGGAGGACGCGGACGUGCGCUGGGAGUACUGCGUGCGCGCCAAGCGCGGCCAGACUGACACCUCGCGGCCGGGCUGCUUCAGCAAGGACCAGGUGUACCUGGACGGCAUCGUGCGCAUUCUGCGGCAUCGCCAAACCAUUGAUUUCCCGCUGCUGACCUCGCUGGGCAAGGUGUCCUAUGAGGAUGUAGACCACCUUCGGCCCCAUGGGGUGCUGGACAAUACCCGGGUGCCCCACUUCAUGCAGGACUUGGCGCGCUACCGGCAGCAGCUGGAGCACAUCAUGGCCACCAACCGGCUGGAUGAGGCAGAGCUGGGCCGCCUGCUGCCUGACUGAUGCUGGUUGAGGGCUACAGGCAGAGGCCCUGGACAAAGGGCUCAAACUAGUCCCCAGAACAUGAAGCUGGCUGCUUGCUCUCUGCUUCCACAGCCUGGAUGUUUCUUGGGGAAUGGGGAGGGCCGGCCUCAUCAAGAGAAAGAGCAGCAACAUCAGAAAGUUUGUAUCCCUUGGUAGCCUCCCUGGGGCGUGAGAGCCAACAGCAGCAUGUCAGGCAAACGAAGUCUGCCCUCCUUGUCUCUAGCCAUCUGUUGAGCACAGAGAAAGCCCGGAGGCAGAAGAAAGCUGGGCAUGGGUGGGGAUGGGGGGUGGUUAGGAAGUAGAAACUUGGUCUUGCAUGAGAUGGUUUUGGGUGUCUACCUGCUCCAGUCCUUUCCUCCCCCAUCUGGUCCCUUGGUGCUCCUUCAGCUUUCACGCUGUCUACCUCUCACUGGGUCCUGGUGGGGGGUUCCCUUUUCCUGGGGUGAUUGCCUGAGCCUGAGGUCCUGGCUUUGACACAGACUCAAGGGCCAGGGAUCCUGGUAGUGGAGACCAGCCAGGCUGGGGUGCCCUUGCCAGCAUUUUGCCUCUCCCACUGUCAUGUAUUUAUUCCCGAUUUAUGUGCCCUACUUCCUGGGGCUGGGAGGCAGCAGCUUCCAAAGGUUCGGUGCAAGGAACAGGGCUCCUCUGGAAGGCACCGAUUGUUCCUAGCUCUUUUCUUUUUGUUUGUUUGUUUGUUUGUUUGUUUUUUAGGGCCACGCCGGCGGCAUAUGAAAGUUUCUAGGCUAGCAAUUGAACUGUAGCUGUAGCUGUGGCUUAUGCCACAGCCACAUUAACUCAAGACCUGAGCCAUGUCUGUGACCUACAUUGCAGCUCAUGGCAGCACCGGAUCCUUAACCCACUGAGCAAGGCCAGGGAUCGAACCUGCGUCCUCAUGGAUACUAGUCAGUUUUGUUACCGCUGAGCCACAACUGGAAUUCUCCCUAGCUCUAUUCUUAUCUCAUACUCGCACACACACAGGCCUUGUGAGUUGAGCUGAAAGCUCAGCUGGCCCUGCCCCCUCCUGUGCUGGCCUCUGCUGUCCCGUCUUUACUGUACCUUCACAGCUGGUCUCUGGCAAAGGUUGGCAUAGUCUGGCAGCAGCUGCAUUCAAGCCUGAGGGGCAGGUUCCUAAUUGUUCCAAGUCCUGAGCCCCUUCUAGACCAGGAGAGGUGCCAAAAUAGAUGAUUUUUUUUGUUUCUAAUUUCACCUGACUCAGCUAUAUGAGGUUGACCCAGGCCUCCCUGGGGCCUGAGGGCUAACAGCGGCAUGCCAACUAAGUCUGCCCUCUUGGCCUUAGUUUUCCCAUCCAAACACUUGAAAACAGCUGGAAAGUCCUUAUUCAUUUAGACAGUGAAUAUGUAUAGUGCGCCUCCUGUGUGCCAGUUAACCGGUCAGAACCCUCACUGGGCUCCCAGUCCUGAGAGAAGCCAGACAAUAAAACAAUUACAAU